AUGUGUAGCGGGGCGGUCAAAAUGAUUGGUUGUAAAGAAGUCCCUAUCGAACGAUCCCUUCUGUUGUGUGGUGGUGUUUUUCUUUUCCAUUUCUUCUUUCUCUAUUCUAUAAUUUUGCUUUUCAAUCGACGAUUCUCUGUGAUCUCUCCAAUUUCUCCAUUUCAACUUUCGCGAUUUUCAAUUCUCUUUUCCCGGAUUCGACCACACGUCGAACAGCUUCUUCAACUAACACACAGCUUUUUUUUUCCUCGCUUUCACAAUGAUGCUUGGGCAUUUCGAAACGAACGACACGUCGAAACGAUUGCCGACAAAUGGCCGAUCUCAGGCCCCGCAAACAGCGAAUCCACUAUUCAUCAAUUUUGG